CGACUGGCUCCGGAGUCUGAGGGGCUCGGGCUUGUCAGGUUCUAGCUCAUGUUUUUUGGCUAGACCUAUGACCAUUUUCACUAGACUUCACUGCACGUUUUCUCAAGUAUCUUCUUCGUCCCUAAUGUGUGACACCUCAUCAUGGACACGCUACUUUAGCUAAGGCAUGACCAGCAAUGAACAGUAGUAAGAUAUGUGCUGAUUAGAAGGCUCACUUGUGCAGUGUGGAGGAUAACCAGUGCCUUACAAAAUGGGGUUUGGGAGUGACCUGAAGAAUUCACAUGAAGCAGUGUUAAAAUUGCAAGACUGGGAAUUACGGUUACUGGAAACCGUAAAGAAAUUUAUGGCCCUGAGAAUAAAAAGUGAUAAAGAAUAUGCAUCUACUUUACAGAACCUUUGUAAUCAAGUUGAUAAGGAAAGUACUGUCCAAAUGAAUUAUGUCAGCAACGUAUCCAAGUCUUGGCUACUUAUGAUUCAGCAGACAGAACAACUUAGUAGGAUAAUGAAGACACAUGCAGAGGACUUGAACUCUGGACCUUUACACAGGCUCACCAUGAUGAUUAAGGACAAGCAGCAGGUGAAGAAAAGUUACAUAGGUGUUCAUCAGCAGAUAGAGGCAGAGAUGAUUAAGGUUACAAAAACAGAAUUGGAGAAGUUAAAAUGCAGCUAUAGACAAUUAAUAAAAGAAAUGAAUUCUGCCAAAGAGAAAUAUAAAGAAGCUUUAGCUAAAGGGAAGGAAACUGAAAAGGCCAAGGAACGAUAUGACAAAGCCACAAUGAAACUUCAUAUGUUGCACAAUCAGUAUGUGUUGGCGUUGAAAGGGGCACAGCUCCAUCAGAAUCAGUAUUAUGAUAUCACACUUCCCCUGCUUCUGGACUCCUUACAAAAGAUGCAAGAAGAAAUGAUAAAAGCACUCAAAGGUAUAUUUGAUGAAUACAGCCAGAUAACCAGUCUUGUCACAGAGGAAAUAGUGAAUGUCCAUAAAGAGAUUCAAAUGUCGGUUGAACAGAUAGAUCCUAGUACAGAAUACAAUAAUUUCAUAGAUGUUCACAGAACAACGGCUGCUAAAGAACAAGAAAUAGAGUUUGAUACUUCCUUAUUGGAAGAAAAUGAAAAUCUUCAGGCAAAUGAGAUCAUGUGGAAUAAUUUAACAGCAGAAAGUUUGCAAGUAAUGUUGAAAACAUUAGCAGAAGAACUUAUGCAAACACAGCAGAUGCUUUUAAACAAGGAGGAGGCUGUUUUGGAGUUAGAGAAGAGAAUUGAAGAAUCUUCUGAGACUUGUGAGAAGAAGUCUGAUAUUGUGCUUCUGCUAAGCCAAAAGCAGGCACUUGAAGAACUGAAACAGUCAGUCCAGCAGCUGAGAUGCACUGAAGCAAAGUUUUCAGCACAGAAGGAAUUACUAGAGCAAAAAGUGCAAGAAAAUGAUGGGAAAGAGCCACCUCCAGUAGUAAAUUAUGAAGAAGAUGCACGAUCAGUUACAUCUAUGGAAAGAAAGGAGAGGCUAUCCAAGUUUGAAUCUAUUCGUCAUUCAAUUGCUGGAAUAAUUAGGUCUCCAAAAUCCGCACUGGGCUCUUCAGCACUUUCCGAUAUGAUCUCCAUCAGUGAGAAGCCUUUGGCAGAACAGGACUGGUACCAUGGUGCAAUUCCCAGAAUAGAAGCUCAAGAACUGUUAAAAAAACAAGGAGACUUUUUGGUGCGAGAGAGUCAUGGGAAACCUGGUGAAUAUGUCCUUUCUGUAUAUUCUGAUGGACAGAGGAGACAUUUUAUCAUACAAUAUGUUGAUAACAUGUAUCGAUUCGAGGGCACUGGGUUUUCAAACAUUCCUCAACUUAUAGAUCAUCACUAUACAACAAAACAGGUCAUCACUAAGAAAUCAGGUGUAGUUCUGCUGAAUCCUAUUCCUAAGGACAAGAAAUGGAUUCUGAGUCAUGAAGAUGUCACAUUGGGAGAAUUACUGGGCAAGGGAAAUUUUGGUGAAGUAUAUAAGGGCAUGUUAAAGGAUAAAACUUCUGUUGCUGUUAAAACAUGUAAAGAAGAUCUUCCUCAGGAAUUGAAAAUAAAAUUUUUACAAGAAGCCAAAAUUCUCAAGCAAUAUGAUCAUCCCAAUAUUGUCAAACUUAUAGGAGUUUGCACACAAAGACAGCCUGUCUACAUCAUUAUGGAACUGGUUUCAGGAGGUGAUUUCCUCACCUUUCUGAGAAGGAAGAAGGAUGAACUAAAACUCAAACAGUUAGUGAAAUUUUCAUUAGACGCUGCUGCUGGUAUGUUGUAUCUCGAGAGUAAAAACUGUAUACACAGGGACCUUGCUGCAAGAAACUGCCUGGUAGGUGAAAAUAAUGUGCUGAAAAUUAGUGACUUUGGAAUGUCUCGUCAAGAGGAUGGUGGAGUGUAUUCAUCUUCUGGCUUAAAGCAGAUUCCCAUUAAAUGGACAGCACCAGAAGCUCUUAAUUAUGGGAGAUACAGUUCAGAGAGUGAUGUGUGGAGCUUUGGCAUCCUUCUCUGGGAGACCUUCAGCUUAGGGGUUUGUCCAUACCCUGGAAUGACAAAUCAACAAGCAAGAGAGCAAGUAGAAAGAGGAUACCGGAUGUCAGCUCCCCAGCACUGUCCAGAGGAUAUUUCCAAAAUCAUGAUGAAGUGUUGGGAUUAUAAACCUGAAAAUCGCCCUAAGUUCAGUGAACUUCAGAAAGAGCUCACUGUCAUCAAGAGAAAACUCACAUAGUGACAGGAUGGCGCCAAACUCAGCCUUCAGGACUCUGUCCUCCAGCAGAGUAACAUUAUUGUUCUCAUUAACAAUGAAUUUAUACCACGUUACCUU